UUAGAGCAGCGCGUGACGCACGUGACGUCUUAAAUUAUCAUUAGUAACUGGAACCCAUUACUUCAUUUCAUUUUGUGUGUGGCAGUGUGAGACUAUCCGUCAGUCGCGCAGUACCAGUACAUAAGUGGUCGUUCGUCAUUCGAGUUUGUCUUUGCGGGUCACAGACUUGCAGUCCCUGCGAGAGUUUCUUUAAAAGGUUUUUUUAAUAAUUAAGCCUCCAAGAUGUUGUCAACCAAACAAGCUGCCAGAGAACAUGUUCUGGCCGUAUCAAGGGAUUUCGUUUCCCAGCCAAGAUUAACCUACAAAACUGUAUCUGGUGUGAAUGGGCCUCUGGUUAUUCUGGAGGAUGUCAAAUUUCCAAAAUUCAAUGAAAUUGUUGAACUCAAACUGGCAGAUGGAAGUCUCAGGUCUGGUCAAGUCUUGGAAGUCAGUGGAUCAAAAGCUGUGGUACAAGUUUUUGAAGGCACGUCUGGAAUUGAUGCCAAAAACACAUUAUGUGAAUUUACUGGGGAUAUUUUGAGGACUCCCGUCUCAGAAGAUAUGUUGGGACGUGUAUUUAACGGAUCUGGAAAACCCAUCGACAAAGGACCCCCAAUCUUAGCCGAAGAUUACUUGGACAUCCAGGGACAACCAAUCAACCCCUGGUCACGUAUCUACCCAGAAGAAAUGAUCCAAACUGGUAUUUCUGCUAUUGACGUCAUGAACUCCAUUGCCCGUGGUCAGAAGAUUCCCAUUUUUUCAGCAGCUGGUUUGCCCCACAACGAAAUCGCCGCCCAAAUCUGUAGACAAGCCGGUCUUGUCAAGGUGCCUGGAAAAUCAGUUCUAGAUGACCAUGAGGAUAACUUUGCUAUUGUGUUUGCUGCUAUGGGUGUCAACAUGGAAACCGCUAGAUUUUUUAAACAAGACUUCGAAGAGAACGGUUCUAUGGAAAAUGUAUGCUUAUUCUUGAACUUGGCAAAUGACCCAACUAUUGAAAGAAUUAUUACCCCACGUUUAGCUUUAACCGCUGCCGAAUUUUUGGCUUAUCAAUGUGAGAAGCACGUUCUAGUUAUCUUGACUGAUAUGUCUUCAUAUGCCGAAGCGUUGCGUGAGGUAUCCGCCGCCAGAGAAGAAGUACCCGGUCGUCGUGGUUUCCCAGGUUACAUGUACACUGAUUUAGCUACCAUUUAUGAGCGUGCUGGUCGUGUUGAAGGUAGAAACGGUUCCAUCACUCAAAUUCCCAUCUUAACGAUGCCUAACGACGACAUUACGCAUCCAAUUCCUGAUUUGACUGGUUAUAUUACUGAGGGUCAAAUCUAUGUAGACAGACAGUUGCACAACAGACAGAUCUACCCGCCAGUUAAUGUGUUGCCAUCCUUGUCGCGUUUGAUGAAGUCUGCUAUUGGUGAGGGUAUGACCCGAAAGGACCACUCUGAUGUAUCUAACCAACUGUACGCUUGCUACGCCAUCGGUAAGGAUGUCCAAGCCAUGAAGGCCGUGGUCGGUGAGGAAGCCUUGACCCCUGAUGAUCUCCUUUAUUUGGAAUUCUUGACCAAGUUUGAAAAGAACUUUAUCUCGCAAGGAAACUACGAAAACAGAACCGUAUUCGAAUCUUUGGACAUUGGCUGGCAGUUACUCCGUAUCUUCCCCAAGGAAAUGUUGAAGCGUAUCCCUGCCGCCACGCUCGCAGAAUUCUAUCCUAGAGAUUCGCGUCACUAAUAUUCUUGUUUUCUUUUUGCUUUUAUGCCCGUUCAAUUACCAUAAAACUUAAUAAUUUAAUGUAGGUUGAAAAAAACCAUUGCAAUAUAAAAAAUUAGUUUAAGAAAAUCUAGUAAUAGAGCCUCAAAACCAUUAACAUAUUACUACUGGCUGGCAUUAUGUAAACGCAGUUGUGUGUUGCGAAGUGUGCAACUCCAAUAUUAAUACCUAUCCUAAGAAUGCUGACCUCCUGAAGUUUCAAAAAAGUACAGAGCACAAGAUGCAAUCAAUUUCUAGGCCUUUGAUCUGUAUCAUUCUUGCAAGGAAACAUAUUCCAUUAGGUUAGAAGUCAACAGACAAACGAAAAAUUUUCCAAUCAUUUUACUAUUUUGUGUUCAACAGCCAGAAGUGCCACAUUUUAUGCAUUUUCUUGGCAUCACAACAAAUCAUAUGUUGUGCCUAUCUGUGGUAACGUAUCAUUCCGUAAAACUAUGAAUGAUGAGUUCGAAAAAAAGUCACAACUUUCAUGAAUACUUUUGUCUUCCACUGAAACGAAAUAUAGGACUAUAUGUUUGUGUUUUUCCGUAUAUGUCUACAUAUAUGUAACUUCUAUUUGAAGAAAUACAUAACAAUGCAAAUGUAUGUACCGUCUACGUUUUGUGUAUUUUGUUGCUACCAACUGUUCAUUUCUGAACUUACAGUUACAUAAUGAUAUUCAUCAUGUCACUAGUAAGAGACUUUAUUACUAAAUUUAUUUCAAAAAAACACCCACAACGUCGAUUUGUCAUCAUUAAAGUGACAAUUAAUUCGCUGUAUAAAAUUAUUGCACUUGGUGCACAGUUGUCAAAGUCUGCAUGGUUAUAUUCCACUCUUGUAAUUAUAAUAUUCCUUAUACCACACUUGUAAUGUAAAUAAAUACCAAGCAAGUAACAAGUAACUAACCCAAACUACUAGUCUCCUGAAAUUAUUUACGAUUAAGCACAGGGUGAGCAUAUAUAUUUUGAACCUCACCUAAUUCAUCAUUAUAGGUAGCAGGUAGAAGGUGUGAAUACAAAAUUUGCAGAGAUUGUGUUUUUAUUAUCAUCUUUUGGCACAAGCAUAAAAAACAAUCACUCAUCACCAAGUGCGGAACAUGCACAACACAGAAUUUUUUGAAGGCUACCUAUAAUAAUUAAGCUUUCAAAAUAUAAAUGAUCACCAAAAUAUAAUAUAUUAUAUGCUUUCUCAGUUGUAUAAAUACUUGGAAAGUUAUACAAAUGUGAAACGGGCAUAACACUAGGAUUAAAUUGAUGCUUUAGAAGUUUAUCUUUAGUUAUAGAUUAAUUAAACAAAUUCAUUGUUGGAUGUAAUUUUUUUUAUGGAUGUAAUAUAAUAUGUCUUCAAGUGAAAGAUACUUUAUUAGUCAUCAAGAACCUAUACCUACGUAUUCUUUUAGUGGCGCUAAUGUGAGUUUUUUUUUUGUUGGGAUACAUUCCACUUUACUUUAAUUUUUAGUCAGAGUAUACUCAGUAUUGUAAUUAUAGAAAUGGAGACUUCUGGUCUAAGGUUUUAGCAGAUAUAAAAAUAUAAUUACCAGUUGUUGAUCUAUUUUAUGUUGUUAAGAGUGUAGGUGCAAAUAUUACUAUGUGAAUAAAAAAAGUUAAUUAAUUAAUAUGAAGUA